CGGCGGCGGGAGGGGGGGUGUCGCGAAGAUGGCGGCGGGGGCGUCGCGCGCCGCACCGGGCUGAGGCGCCGCGCGCUCCCCGCGCCUCAGAGCGGCGGCGAUGUCGGAGCCCGAGCACCUGGGCGGGAAGCGGGCCGAGUCGGCGCGGCUGCGGCGGGCGGAGCAGCUGCGGCGCUGGAAGGGCUCCCUCACCGAGCAGGAGCCCGUGGCCGGCGGCCGGGGCCGGCACCGCGGCGCGGGGGGCACCCGCGUCCGCUUCGAGGAGGGCGCCGUGUUCCUGGCCGCCUGCGCCAGCGGCGACUGCGAGGAGGUGCGGCGGCUGCUGGGCCGCGGCGCCCGCGUCGACACCACCAACGUGGACGGGCUGACGGCGCUGCACCAGGCCUGUAUCGAUGAGAACCUGGACAUGGUGAAGUUCCUUGUGGAAAAUGGAGCCAAUGUGAACCAGCAGGACAACGAGGGCUGGACCCCACUUCACGCGGUGGCAUCGUGCGGCUACCUGAACAUAGCAGAGUACUUAAUUAGUCAUGGAGCCAACGUGGCUGCUGUGAACAGCGAAGGGGAAGUCCCGUCCGACAUUGCAGAGGAAGCAGCCAUGAAGGACCUGCUUCUGGAACAAGUAAAGAAACAAGGUCUAGACCUAGACCUGGCAAGAAAAGAAGAGGAGCAGCAAAUGCUACAGGAUGCACGACAGUGGCUGAACAGUGGGAGAAUUGAAGAUAUAAAGCAGCCUCGAACAGGCGCCACGGCUCUUCAUGUGGCUGCGGCAAAGGGCUAUGCUGAAGUCAUGAGGCUCUUGAUCCAGGCUGGGUUCAAUUUAAAUGUCCAGGACAAUGACGGCUGGACUCCGCUCCAUGCUGCUGCUCACUGGGGAGUGAAGGAAGCUUGUUCCAUCCUGGCUGAGGCGCUGUGCGAUAUGGACAUCAGGAACAAGCUGGGCCAGACACCAUUCGACGUGGCCGAUGAGGGACUGGUGGAGCAUUUAGAGAUGCUGCAGAAGAAACAGACUGUGUUGCAAAGUGAGAAGGAGACGAGGAAUAAGCUAAUUGAAGCUGACAUGAACGGGAAGCCUCAAAGCAGACUCUUCACCAACAAAGAGAAGAUUCUCUAUGAGGAAGACACGCUGAAGUCCAUGGAAAUGGAGGAGGAGAACAAGGACUCUAGCAGUUCUAGUUCAGAAGAAGAGGAAGAAGCUGAAGAAGACGAAGUUUCUGAAUCAGAUGCUGAAAAAGAGUCAGAAAGGAAGGAAGAGCCCUUUGCCAACCACUCCAGCCAUGAAAGCAGGCCUAGCAUCACUGAGCAAAUCCCACCACCCGAGCCCAACUCCUUCACUGCAUCUGCCAGAAGAUUCAGUUGGCUCAGCAAGUCAGACGAGCAGAAGGAUGAGUCACCUUCAUCGUGGCGGCUGGGACUACGGAAGACUGGCAGCCACAACACGUUGAGUGAAGUCGCUGCUACUCGUGAGGCACAGAGAGAUAAGACUUCUUCUAUCUAUCGUUCUUCGUCAAGUCCUCGGAUUUCUGCAUUAUUAGACAACAAAGAAAAGGAUAAAGACAACAAGAGCUACCUUGCCACAAUAGCCCCCAGAAGACUAAGCAGUACGAGCGAUAUAGAAGAAAAAGAAAACAGAGAAUCGGCCGUUAACCUCGUGCGGAGCGGCUCCUACACUAGGCAGCCAUGGAGGGAUGAAUCAAAGGGAAAUGAAGCUCCCCAUUCUGGUGCACCUACUACCUACAUAUCUACCUACUUGAAAAGUGCUUCAUUUGGUAGAAGUAGUGACCUGAGCAGUCCCUACAUUUCAGCCAGUCGCAAUACAUCUCUAGCUACCUCACCCACUGCCAUUGGUUCAUCUACCUCAUUGGGCACCCUGUGGCAACCUGUCUCUUCCUGUCCCACAUCUCUCGGUGCGAACACAACUGCAUCAACCCGCCAGUAUACCAGAGCCCCUUUCAGGCAACAAACUGAUUCUGCUGUAGAGAAAAAUACAGAGGGCAUCUCUGCUAGCACCCCUCUAGGUGUAAUCACAAAUCGUGCCAUACUCGGCUCUGCUAAUGGUAUUGUGAAUGCUGGUGCUGCCUCCACCACAGGAAAGGACUGCUCGGCUGAGGAAGCCAGGGAGCGCAGAAGGUCAUAUCUGACUCCAGUGCGGGAUGAGGAAGCAGAAUCGCUGAGGAAGGCACGAUCCAGGCAGGCCCGGCAGACUCGCAGGUCUACACAGGGUGUGACACUCACAGACCUUCAGGAGGCAGAGCGAACCUUCAGCCGGUCUCGGGCAGAGCGGCAAGCUCAGGAACAGCAAAGCGAGAAAGCUGAGAGCGUUGAGCCUGCUGAAGACAGCAGUGAGAGGCAGGAGACCCGGUCACGGUGGAGCAGGAAUACGGAUGAGGAGAGUAUCUAUCGACGAUUAAGGUGCCCAGUACAACCAGACAAACCCACGACACCUGUAUCUCCCUCGACGUCAGCACCUCUCCUUUAUACAAGUUCAUACCUGACUCGAACAAAUAAGUAUCUAGGUCUUGACUCUGUGAAUCCAGCAGAUUUCAGAGGUGCAGAAAUGGAGAAAAAUGAGUGUGAAGACCAGGAUUUAGAUGACAGAUCUCUAAACAAGCAGUCAAUCCGAGAGAGGCGGCGGCCAAAGGAGAGGCGAAGAGGCACUGGCAUCAUUUUCUCGACAAAAGAUGAUGAUGAUGAAGCUGAUGGAAAUGAGGAAGUGAAGGAAACUCGGCAUGAAAGACUUUCCAGGUUGGAAGCAGCUACGAACCCCACCACCAGUGACUCCUCCUACAGCGACCGUGCCUCCAGCCGCUCCAGUGCCUACACCCGGAGGGAGAACCGGUUGGCUGCCCUCAGAGCAGAGGAGGAGAGCAACAGGGACUAUAAAAAAUUAUACGAAAGCGCCCUGUCUGAAAAUCAAAAGCUGAAGUCAAAACUGCAAGAAGCCCAGCUUGAGUUGGCCGACAUCAAAUCAAAGUUGGAAAAAGCAACCCAGCAGAAACAGGAGAAAACUUCUGACCGGUCCAGCAUGCUGGAGUUGGAGAAAAGGGAGAAGCGAGCCCUGGAGCGGAAGCUCUCUGAAAUGGAAGAGGAGAUGAAGAAUCUCCACCAGCUCAAACAGAUUCACACUCUGAGGCAGAUGAAUGAGCAACUGCUGGCUGAGAACAGGGCUCUGACCCGGGUCGUAGCCAGGCUUUCUCUGCCUGCCAAGCCCUCCGAAUCAGAGGAGCUGUAGCUGCUUUCCCUCCGGCUCAUCUCGCCUCCCUCUUCCACUCUUCCAGAUUUUAACAGAGCUGAAGUCAGACAACCAAAGGCUGAAGGACGAGAACGGAGCCCUCAUUCGUGUCAUCAGCAAGCUCUCCAAAUAGGAAGCCCGAGCAAAGGCAGGACAAAGAGGGGUGCCCUGUGCGAGCUGCCAACCCUACCACCAAGCCCUACCCCCUCUUUUCCUCCUGUUGAAAGUACAGCAAGAGUUUCAGCCAUGGCAUCAAUCUGUCACACCAGCCUUGCCCUGCCCUUUGCUGUACGGCCCCUUUCUGCCCUCAUUUCCCCACAACGCACAUCCCUGCUGGUUUAUGGUUUUUAAAUGAAGCAUGUUGUGGUAUCUCAGGCAUUUUAUUCAAGGGAGAAGAGAAACGUGAGGACUGGGUUUGAGCAGCCAAAACUUCUUCCAGAAGCCCAGUAUUUGGUGUUGGGCUCCGGUCUGGAGUAGGUAACUCCUAUUUUAAAAAGUGAUGCCUAAAGAACUAAUCCAGCACAUCCAAGCCCUUUAGAGGUGGGAAAUGUGAACGUGGGCUGGGGCUCUGAAGAUGCACAUCAGCCCUCCUGAGAUAUGGGACUCUGGUUAAAAUGGGACACUGUGAAAGCCACCAGGGCUGAUUUCUGUAACAGGCUGAUGGCAGCUGCUUUGCACAGAGGCCUCCUUUCAUCCCAGUACACCGAGUCUUUUAUUUAAUAUAAGGUUUCCAACUUGUUCAGUAACAUCAGCGCUGACUCUCAGCAUCAGACCCCUUAUCCCUCACCCCACUUUUCCUCUGCAGCCGGCGGCUUUGGCAUCAUGCUGUGUCUUUCCAGGGCUCCUGUCUCAGUAGUUGGUAGCAUCUGCUAAUUGUGCCUGCAUUCUUGCUCCUUGGGACAGGAUGUCACACAGACACUUGCUGAGCUUUCUGAAGGACAAGCUUGAACCCCUAGAGAUCCUCUGCUGCUUUCAUGUGUGUGUGAGCGUGAAUCACCUUGCAGGGAGCUGUGCCCACCGCAGAAACCAGCUUCUAGCAGCCAGCUGGAGUAUUUUCCUGUUGUCUUCAUGAAGGCAGAACCCUGUAGAGGACUCUGGUCUGGUAUUACAGGUACUUUGCUUUGAUUUGCAGCAGGAGUCUGACCCGGCUGACAGGCAGCACUGGUUUGUUUGUAGCGAGAGGGAACGUUGAGGUCCAAUCCCACCCGUCUGCGAGGGAAAAGGCUUGGCACAGCUGGGUUUCAGGGCAGAAGUGCAGGGAGCAGUGAUCACGUCUCCCCGCAUGCUUUGGAAAGGUGUGGGGCCACUGCAUCAGAGGGACAAGGAGCUUCCCUUGGGAAUGUUGCUAACUAUUGCUGGGAUGAAAGUCUUUUAAUCUGUCAAAAGCUUGCAGUAAGCCUUGACCUUGAAGGAAACCUCAAAAAAAACCCCUCUUUAAUGUCAGACAUACUCAGAACAGUUUGAAAUUGUUCUCCUGAUGGGCAUUUAGACAGUGGCUACUCUGCAUGCUGUGAGGGUUUGAUGAUAGCAGAGUAACCUGUCAUCAGAUCUGUUGAGCUUCCCCUUAAUCAACUCCUCUCGAGUGAUAUCUUUCCUCUCAAAGAGACUUCUUGCUGUAGCCAAACCACUUUCCCAUCUACAACCUUCCAUCCUUGUCUUUUCACUUCCUUUGUCCUUUGUUUUCCCUGCUCCGUCUGGCUGAGAGGUGCAGUCCCAGCCACGGAGUGCGGAGGUUGCCAUGAAGAAGUUCUGCCCACGUUCCCUGUGCUGACUCUGGGCUCGAGGCUCCCACUGGGCUGGUGGGACUCUUUCUGCUAUGAGAGAGAGAUGAGAUACUUGAGCAUAAUUCUUGAGCUUGCUUAACAGAUGUGUCUCUGUCAGUCAGUCCUGGGCUUUUUGGACUUUGGCUGGUUAUUCCUUCAGAAAGCAUGUUUGUUUUCCUCUCCCUUGUUUUUUUUUCUUUGUUUUUUUUUUUUUUUUUUAAUCAGUUCUCCAUUUUUCCCCUCCCCGUCCUGCCUCUUGCCACCUCUCUAGCUCUUAGAGCUCCCAGUUUUUUCCCAGGCGGCUCAAGACAGAGGUUCCUCUUCCACCGCUCUUCAGCCAGCGGAGCUGUUUUUGCACGGCAUGAGAUGCCGUUUCUCCUGGUACACUGAGGCCCUUCCUCUGCUGCUGUGCUUCGGGGAGGAAGAGACCAAAGCCAGUAAUGGCGUCAGGGUUUCUGCAGAGCACUGCCUAAGCCAGGCAUCUUUUUUAUAUUACUUUAUUUUAACCCUGCUAUAUUUAACAGCUUUAAGUCUUGAGAUCUGGUCAAUGCUUUUUCUGCACGCCGUUCCCACUUGGUGCACUCUUUAUGUGAGUACUUCUGCCGUUCUUGAUGUUUUUUUCUCUUGGUGACGCACUCCUCGCUUCAGACUUGGGCUCCCUCAGCUCGGAGCAGGAGUCCAGUCCCUUCUGUGCCGUGUGGAGAAGCCGCUCGCCCGCUGGGGCUGCUGGGAGUGGCUUAGCGCCCACGCAAGCCUCUCAGGUUGUGUAUCCCAGCAGGACGAGGGAGGAGAUUUCAGACUAAAGAUCCUGUUCUUCUCACGAGGCAGGUUCCUGGCAGCAUGAAGAAGCCUGGUUUCUGUUUUAGGGAGAGGGUUCAACCCGAUCUGACAAAUCCAUCCUGCACUGACGUUUUGCCCCUUCCUACCAGGACACUCGUUGCAUUUUAUCCUGCGGAACAGGCUGCAAAGGGUGCAGAAGGCUUCGUUCCUCUGUGUGGUACCUUGCAAAGCCAAACCACUUUAGAUUAAGUGUCUGCUUAGCACUGGAUUAUCCCCUGAACUCUGACCAGGGGAGAGGACCUGCCAACAGUUCAGCCUCGCUGAGCAGCCAAAGCUGUGAGCAUUUGGUGAGGACGAUGCAAUUGCAACCCAAAUUUGAGAUUCGUUUGGUCUCGCUGAACGCCUGACAUAACCAGUGCACUGAGGAGGUAGCGAGUAGGACCCCGCACACUCCGCGCUUGGGACAGAGUGCAGAGCGGGCGGUUUUUAAAGCUGAUCCCUAUUUGAACCAGAGCAUUUGCCAGACGUGAUCUCCGUUGGAGAGCACGAGCUUUUUUUUCUAAGCAAUUGCUUGGGGUGAAUUCAUUUUUAUUGCUUGGGGUGAACCCACCUAUUGUGGCUGCGAGUUUGAUGAUGGCUCGUUGUAAAUAAACUCCUUGGAGAAGCAGGACUGGCUUACGAGAUGGGGAGAGAAUGUAUUUUUAUGCAACUUUUGAGUGGCCUUUCAAACCCUGAGAUGAAUGAUUUGUUUUACUGGUUGUUGUUAUAUAGUGUUAUAAGUAUUAUGUGUUUGAAAGUUUGGGAAUAAUAUUCACAUCUAUGAUGCUUGUAAACACAACAGUAUUUAUAAAUGAAUAAAAUAAGAGUUGAUAAA